AUGAACCAAUAUACUUUUAACAAUUCAAUAGCAAAAAGGGAUUGGGAACUCAGAAAAACUCAACACCAAAGCACGAUAAGGAAAAUAAUGAAUACGUCGAUAAAAAAAAUCUCAGUUGUAAAUGAUUAUCCGUAUAUUUCGCCACCACUUAAAAAAUAUCGAGAAAUUAUUGAUGACAAAUCCUUUUCUAAUAGUGUCUCAACCGAAAGUUUUGAAAUACUUAUUUUCUUUAUAAAAUAAAUAAUUUUAAUUUACCUUUAUAGAUUAUUUAUUUUGCAUUUUUGAUUAUAAAAAUAUAUUUUUAUGACAAGAAAUUAAUAGAAUGGACGCUGAUGUUAUCAAAGACGGGCUUCUAAGCCAAAAUUCCAUUAAAAAACUCUCCCCUGUUAUAAAAAAAGUCUCAUUAAGAUCAGGAGUUAUCAAUAAAGAAAGAAAAAGAAUUUCAAGCGAAAAUUUGCGUCUUUCCCACCGACUUUAUGAUAUAAAAUCCGGCUAUGCCGUCGAAAAUUUAGCAAAAAGAUACCAAACCGUAAAAAAGUACAGAAAAAACAUAUCAAACCCUCAUGUACUUUUAGGGAAAAAAACUUUGAAAAUGCGAACUAUAUCAAGCAAUAAAGGAAGGAUCCACGGGGAAAACGAAAAAGUGCGGCACGAAAGAAGCAUUUCUGAAUUAAUUGAUAUAAUGAGAAAAAAGGGAUUAUCCUAA